AUGGCUAGGAGACAGAAAUCAUCUGUGAAGGGCAAGAAAAUGGUUCCCGAUGCCGGAAUUGCCGAAGGAGAUGAUCCAAAUGAUAUAUGGGACAAAACCCGAGUGGCCUGCAGAGAAGGAAUGCAAAAGGCAUUUGCUAAAAUAAUCAGAGUUGCAGGAAUCACCGAAAAGGAGCAGGUGAAAGCUCCAGAAGACAUUUCGAAGCAAUACGAGGAGAACUUAUACAAAAGAUUCAAUUCUAAUUUAAUUCAAUACAGGCAGCGUUUUCGAAAAGAUCUCAUUGCAAUGAGAAACCCAGACACAGAAUUUGCAGAAAACCUCCUUGCAGGCGAAAUGACAGUGGAGCAGUUCUGUGCAAUGAAGGAGUCAGAACUCAUAUCAAAGAAACAGAAGAAAGAGAACCAGGAACUGCUUCAAAAAGAGCUGAGGAACAGUAUUGCAAAAAAACCUCCUACGAAGCUAAGUGAGGUUGAAGUUCAAAAUACAAUAGUCAGGGAUAAGUGGGGAAUUAGUGAAAGUGCGGCCAAGGUUGAUCCCCGAUUCGACAAUUAA